UCUACUUGAAUAUGUAAAAAAAUCAGUAAAUUAAUUGUUUUACUUCCUUUCCUUUAGUGUUUUCCGGCACCAUCAUUUCCCUAAUUACUUAAUUAACAUAUUAGUUUGAAACAUCGAUCGUUUUAUAAUUAUUUUUAUAGCACAAAACACAAGAUGGAUUGUAAAUCAUUGAAAGUUCAACUUCCCAGCGGAAAUUAUAUGCCUUUAAUUGGAUUUGGCACUUUCCAAAUCCGGGGACGUAAUUUAAUAAGAGACGUUUUAAAUUAUGCCCUUGCUGCUGGAUAUAGACAAAUAGACACAGCAGCUGUGUAUGGCAAUGAACAAGACAUUGGAAUAGCCUUAAAAGAACUCUUGCCCAAAUACAAGCUAAAGAGAGAAGAUAUUUUCAUAACGUCAAAACUCUCACCCAGUGACCAAGGAGACAAAGCCCUAAAAGCCCUUGAAACCUCGAUCAAAAACCUUGAUUGCACAUACCUUGACCUUUAUUUGAUCCACUGGCCUGGCACACAUGGCAUUCCCGGCAGCCACCCUAACAACCCCAAACUCAGGGCUGCAAGUUGGACUUCACUAAGUCAAGGCGUUCAACAAGGUCUAGUGCGAGACAUUGGUGUCUCAAACUACACAGUACGCCAUUUGACUGAACUCUUGGCCACUAACCCCUCUGUUAAACCAGCAGUUAAUCAAGUCGAGUGGCACCCACAUUGUCACGAGAGUGCCUUGAAGGAGUUUUGUCGCAAGGAAAGGAUUUUGCUCCAAGCGUACUCGUCACUAGGGGGCACCAAUAACCCCAAAUUGAUCUCUGAUCCCCUCGUAGUGGAAAUUGCAACAAAACUGAAGAAAAGUCCAGCACAAGUUUUGUUGCGUUGGGCUCUACAACAGGAUAUUGGCAUCAUUCCAAAAGCUAGGUCCAAGGAACACAUCGAGACUAAUAUUGAUCUUAAUUUUGCAAUCCCUGAGGAAGAUAUGAAUAAGUUGAGUAACAUGAAAACGCAAGAAAGGUACGCCUGGGACCCAAAAACAAUACAAUGAAGUUAUUAAAUAAAGUUUACCAAAUGAUCCUUCCAACUUUAUUCAAAUUUGAACAAAAUGUAUUGACAGAUUUUUCUUAGA